AACGCUGGGGUAAACGUGAACUGGUGAAAUCUCGCGUUGAACGCCAAUUGCCAUGGCGACGCCAACGCUCUCUCGCUGGACGUGCCAAGUGAAACAAUGAGCGCAACUAACAAAAAUCAAGAAAAAGAGCACGCAGGUGCUCCCAAUGACAGCGAUGAUGACUUCAAAUAUGAAGAAGUGUCUCUUGAAGACGACUGGAGUUUAACAGAAGGGGAAGAAGACUUGGACGCGACGGUGAAAGCCAUUCAAAACCGAGCCGAGGCCAAUGCUCGGGCAGCUACUUCAAAGAGAAAAACGCACCAACCUGAAGCUGUGGAUGACUUUUUACGCAACUUUCUGUUCCAUGCGGGCAUGACAGAAACACUUGACUGCUUUCAGACUGAGUGGACCGAGAUGAUGCAGAAAGGGCUGGUGGAUGCAGAGCGUGUCGGUGUGGUUCCGGACGUGUACAUUGACAACCUGCGUCUGGACAGCGAGCUGAAAAACGCUCAGCGGGAAAGGGAGGAGUACAGGCUGGCAGCCUCUGCUGCGGCUGAGACUCUAGUGAGGGUCCAGAAAGCCAGAGACUUCCAUCGGCUGCAGCAUAAGCGUGUUGUCCAGGAGAAAAACAGGCUCAUUGAGGAAAUAAGGAGGCUCAAGGUUCAAUGUAACAACUACGAGCCUGCGAUAAAGCGGAUGAAUGAAAAAUACCACGCAGUUUUAAAGCAGACAGUGUUGGUAACUUUGGAGAGGGACAAGGCGUUAGGACGUGUGAACCGUCAGUCAGCUCAAGACAACACCCACUUCUGUGGGGACGCAGGUGAAGAGGAGAUAAACAAAAAAGGAGAGGCAAGCGUCAAAGGGACAACACGUCCAGUGACCCAGCCCAAGUCUCCUACAUCCAGACCCCACAGAGAGUCAGACUAGGGAGGCAAAUGUU